CAGUCCUCCCUCCGCUCCGUUAGCAGCCGCUGUGGCUCCGGAGGAAACAGGAACAAACCGGGCGGUUCGGGCUUUUUUUUAUUCGUCUGCACGGCUGCGUGUCUGGGAGCAGAGGAGAAUAAUCCACAGGUACAGAGGAGACAGUGGUUCUGGAAAAGCCGGGGCUGCAGCUGGAGGCUGGGACCGGAGCGGGUCCGGGAGAAAAGCAGGGCAGCCGGAAGGUAGAUGGAGACCCCCAGUCCGUAACUUUGAGCUUAGCGGAUCAGUCCUGGGAAAAGUUAGGCUCAGCAACGUCAGACGCCAUGACCGGGCAGCUCUUUGGUUUCCCAGCCAACAGGCGCAUCGUCGCCGGCCUGCUGGUCAACCUGUUGUCCUCCAUCUGCAUCGUCUUCAUCAACAAAUGGAUCUAUGUCCGCUACGGCUUCCCCAACAUGACCCUCACCCUUGUGCAUUUUGUGGUCACGUGGUCGGGACUCUACAUUUGCCAGAAAAUGGACUUCUUCUGUCCCAAGAGCCUCCCGGUGCGCAGGAUCAUGUGGCUGGCGCUCAGCUUCUGUGGGUUUGUGGCCUUCACCAACCUCUCCCUGCAGAACAACUCGAUAGGGACGUAUCAGCUGGCCAAAGCCAUGACCACACCCGUCAUCAUCCUCAUCCAGACCACCUACUACAAGAAGACCUUCUCUACCAAGAUUAAGCUGACUCUGGUGCCCAUAACGUUGGGGGUGUUAUUGAACUCCUACUACGACGUGCGCUUCAACGUCUUGGGGACGGUGUUCGCUACGUUGGGCGUUCUUGUCACUUCCCUCUACCAGGUGUGGGUGGGGGCCAAACAACAUGAGCUCCAGGUGAACUCCAUGCAGCUCCUGUACUAUCAGGCUCCUCUGUCGUCGGCGUUCCUCCUCGGCAUCAUCCCGGUGUUUGAGCCGCUGACCGGAGACGGUGGCAUAUUCGGACCGUGGUCUCUGCCAGCUCUGGUGACGGUGCUGUUCUCGGGCGUGGUGGCGUUCCUCGUCAACCUCUCUAUCUACUGGAUCAUCGGCAACACCUCGGCUGUGACCUACAACAUGUUUGGUCAUUUUAAGUUCUGCAUCACUCUGAUUGGAGGAUACCUGCUCUUCAACGACCCGCUCUCUCUCAACCAGGCGUUGGGGAUCCUCUGUACGCUGGCAGGAAUCCUGUCCUACACGCACUUCAAGCUGCUUGAACACGAGGAGGGGAAAAGUCGCCUGGCUCAGAGGCCGUAGGCCGUUCCACCUCAGUGAAGAAACCUCUUUAGUUCUUUUUUUUUAUUUUAAUAUUUUUCUGGGGGAAUGUAUUUUAGAAGAACAAAAAACAUUUCUUUCUGUUUUUUGCGAUCCACGAAGAGAAGCUGGAACAAAUCGCAGCGUUGGCUGGACUCGGUGUUAGCUUCAUAAAACUACACUUUUAUUUCCAACAAAGAACAACACAGCGGCCUUCAAACAGUUGCUGCAGUUGUCUGCAGAAUUUCCUGCACAUGUUUCUGACAUAUAUUUAGAUGAUUUUAUAGGAGCCUAGUAUUUAGCAAGGAACAAGCGAUACAGUAGGAAGCUAUCGGUCAUGGUUGGUGAGCUCCCUUGGAGUUGUCAUGGCUGGAAGGUUCUGCGUUUUGUAAGGUGGCUUUCUAUCCAACGUACCAGCUGAUGUGAGUGCAAAUGCUGCCUAGCCUGCACAUCGUUAGUGUCCCACUCAUCCUGGGCAUGAGAGUCGUCCAUUUUGAGCAUUUUGGGGUCAGAAUCAUACAAAGAUGCACCAAUGUAGAAACACAUGCCUACUAACGUUUGAUUAAAUGUCCCUUACAAUUUGUACCUCAGUCACUGCUACCAUGUAGCAAUCUGCGAGCUUCUGGCAUUAUUGUGUCGGGAUAUUUCAGCUCUCGUUUUGGCCGUUUUAAAGGGUUUCUUUAAUCGGUUGGUUUCCUGCCAUGGAGCCGGAACUUUGGGAGGGCCAGAAACGUACCGUUAGCCUUCUAGAUCCAGUCUAAAAGCAGCUUUGGGUCACUGUCCUGUUGAAGCACCCG